UUGGCCGCCCGAGCCGUAAGGAACAAGAACUGAUGUGGGGUUUGUUGUGUUUUUGCAGGAAACAUGAAGGUCAUCACGUGUGAAAUAGUGUGGCACAAUAAGGAGCCGGUUUACAGCCUGGAUUUCCAGCACGGAGCGGACGGGAGGAUCAAUCGGCUGGCCUCGGCCGGGGUGGACACGGCCGUGAGGAUCUGGAAAGUGGAGAAAGGCCCGGAUGGAAAAGCCAUCGUGGAGUUCCUGUCCAACCUGGCGCGCCACACCAAGGCCGUGAACGUCGUGCGCUUCUCUCCCAGCGGGGACAUCCUGGCCUCAGGAGGGGAUGAUGCUGUCAUUUUGCUCUGGAAGCUGAAUGACAGCAAAGAGUUGGAGCCGUUGGUUUUUCAGGAUGAUGAUGAAGCUCAGCUCAACAAGGAGAACUGGGCAGUCAUUAAAACUUUAAGAGGCCACCUGGAAGAUGUUUAUGAUAUUUGUUGGACCUCAGAUGGAAAUUACAUGGCAUCUGCUUCUGUGGAUAACACAGCAAUCAUGUGGGAUGUCAAUAAAGGACAGAAAGUUUCAAUAUUUAAUGAGCACAAGAGUUAUGUCCAAGGAGUAACCUGGGAUCCUCUAGGCCAGUAUAUUGCAACCUUGAGUUGUGACAGGGUCCUGCGAGUUUACAGCACCCAAACCAAGCGGGUGGCCUUCAAUGUCACCAAGAUGCCAUCAGGCUCAGGAGCUGAAGGAGAGGCGAGGAGCUUUCGGAUGUUCCACGAUGACAGCAUGAAGUCCUUCUUCCGCCGGCUCAGCUUCACUCCUGACGGCUCCUAUCUGCUGACUCCAGCUGGCUGUGUGGAAUCAGGAGAGAACGUUACAAACACCACCUAUGUUUUCUCCAGAAACAAUUUGAAAAGGCCCGUGGGUCACCUGCCCUGCCCUGGCAAGGGAACUCUGGCUGUUCGCUGCUGUCCUGUGUACUUUGAGCUGAGAGGAGCCUCUGCUAAAGAUGAAAUCAGUCCCAAAUCCCCCCCUGCCCUGUUCAACCUCCCCUAUCGACUGGUGUUUGCUGUUGCUUCUGAAGAUUCUGUGCUUUUCUAUGACACUGAGCAGUCCUUCCCCUUUGGUUAUGUCUCCAACAUCCAUUACCACACCCUGAGUGACAUUUCAUGGUCGAGUGAUGGAUCCUUCCUGGCCAUUUCCUCCACGGACGGGUACUGCUCCUUCGUCACCUUCGAGGAGGAUGAGCUGGGAGUGCCCCUGAAGGAAAAGCCCCAGAUCCAUGUCAGGACUCCUGGAGCAGCAGCAGACAAGAAAGCCAAGAAGAGCCAGUCCCACAAAGUGAUUUCUCCAGGCUCCAGGCUGGCAGAGGGGACCCCUCCCAGCAAGGAUCCCCCACUCCAACCCCGAACCCCCAGCAGUGCUGGGAAGGAGCUGCCUUCCACCCCUGCUGGCAUCAAAACCACCCCAGUGCCAGCCCCUUCCACCCCUGCUGGCAUCAAAACCACCCCAGUGCCAUCCUCAGAGGAGAGGAGAAGCAGCCAGGCAGGCACCCAGAGCAGCAGAGCCCCCCAGCCCAGGAGGGUCACCCUCAACACUCUGCAGUGUUUCAAAGCACCCAGGAGAAUAAACUUGAUUUCCUUGAAGCCAGACACCCCAACCUCUGCAUAUCCAGACCCAGCUCCCAUCCCUCCUUCCUCAGAGCAGGAGCAUGAGAGGCCAGUGCCAUCUGAUGAGAGCCUCCAAGCACCCCCAGCACCAAAACGUGCCAGGAUUGAGGAAUUGUCCCUUCCUGCACCUGCUGGAGACCAAGGCAGCUGUGAGUCCAACAAAUAAAGGCUGAGCAGACCCCUCACAGCCUGAAGUCAAAGCAGCCAUGCCUAAGAACGUUCCUUGUUGCAAAAACUCCACCCUCAAUUCCCAGUUCAACUUCCCUGAGCAUGUUUGAUGUAGAACUGUGAAGAAACUGCCAGGAGAAGACCCAGGUUUCAGGAUUGUGGUUCUGCAGCAGGAGAAAUAGUUGGGAAGUGACUUCAAGAAUAAGGAAAUCAGGGAAAUCUGGGGAUUAAAAAUCCAUCCAGUAAGAUGUGAGUCUCCAUCAGAGUCCUUAAACCCAUGUUUAGAAAGCAUUAUGUCUUCCAGGAACUGUCUGGCAAAAAGAAUCAAAUGCAUUCAUAAGAUUUGAUGUGCUUCAAGACUUAAAAGAAGAGGAAAUUGUGUCAUUCCAGCAUUUUGGUUUAUUUCUUCUGUAAAAUAAUGUUCCCCAUUAGCUGUGGGGUGGAGCUGAUUCACUCUGAGGCAGCAGCAAAGCUCAGGACUGGGAUGUGGAAGCAGAAAUGGGAAGCUUGAACUGCAAGAAACAAGAAAGCAAAAAGAAGAAAUCCUCUGAAGAGCUGCUGUAAGAAUGAAACAGCAGCAAGGUCUUAUUGUUUAAUUUCUGGACUUAAAAAAGAAAUGCAGGUGUGAGAUUUUCCUGAGGCAGCAGGAUUUGAGUGUGUGCAUUGAAAUUUCCCCUUUUCCCCCAGCUUAACUCCCUUAGCCAAUAAAACACAAUCCCGUGGAUGGGAAACAUCUACACCUGAAAUUUCUCUUUAGCAUUUAAUACUUCAUAAAAGCAGAAAUACAAAUGUUGCAGAAGUGACUCAAAAAAGUCUCACAGGGAGGAAAUCACCUCUGUCAGUCCUUCAGGCAAAUGAACUCUUGCCUCCAAUUAAAUUUCAACAA